CGCACCUGCCGGAGCCCAGGCGGGGACACCCCCCCCUUUCCCCGGGCCGGCGUCGAUGCUGAGCGGGCCCGGGGCACUGCCCGCCUCCCCCGCACCAUGGACGGCUUCUACGACCAGCAGGUUCCCUUCAUGGGCCCUGGGAAGUCCUGCAUAGAAGAGGGCCGAGGUCGGCUGGGGUCCGAUCGGAAAAGGAAAUUUUUGGAGACCGACCUGGCCCACGACUCGGAAGAGCUCUUCCAGGAUCUCAGCCAGCUCCAAGAGGCCUGGCUAGCUGAAGCUCAGGUCCCCGAUGACGAACAAUUUGUCCCAGAUUUCCAGUCUGACAACUUGGUCCUGCACGCCCCACCUCCGGCAAAGAUCAAGCGGGAGCUGCAUAGCCCUUCCUCGGAGCUGUCAUCCUGCAGCCACGAGCAGGCUCUCUGCGCCGGCUAUGGGGACAAGUGCCUCUACAACUGCUGUGCCUACGACAGGAAGCCCCCCACCGGGUUCAAGCCAUUAACGCCGCCCGCCACGCCGGUGUCCCCUGCUCCCCAGGGAUCAGCCCUGCCACCGCCGGCCCCGGCCGUGCAGGCAGCCACCCAUGGGGCAGCCCCAGCCCCACACCCGCUGCAGGAGCAGAGGCAGCAGACCUUCGCCGUGCCGCGGCCGCCUCACCCACCCAUGCACAUGCCAAAGAUGAUGUCUGAAAACCAAUACCCUGCAGAGCACAGGGUGUCCCCUAUGGGCACGGGGCUGGAUGUGGUCGUGGAAAACCUUGGGAUGUGCCUGCAGCAGGGCGGCCCCAGCCUGCCCGGCCCCCCUGGCCAUGGCUUCCAGCCCCCCAUGGGCAUCAAGCAGGAGCCCCGGGACUACUGCAUCGACUCAGAAGUGCCUAACUGCCAGUCCUCCUACCUGCGGGGGGGCGUCUUCCCCAGCAGCCAUGACGGAUUUUCUUAUGAAAAGGACACACGAUUGUAUUUUGAUGACACGUGCGUGGUACCAGAGAGGCUGGAGGGUAAAGUGAAGCAGGAGCCCACCCUGUACCGUGAGGGCCCUCCCUACCAGCGGCGCGGGUCCCUGCAGCUCUGGCAGUUCCUGGUCACCCUCCUGGACGACCCCGCCAACGCACACUUCAUCGCCUGGACCGGCCGGGGCAUGGAGUUCAAGCUGAUUGAGCCCGAGGAGGUAGCGCGGCGCUGGGGCAUCCAGAAGAACCGGCCGGCCAUGAACUACGACAAGCUCAGCCGCUCCCUGCGCUACUACUACGAGAAGGGCAUCAUGCAGAAGGUGGCUGGCGAGCGGUACGUCUAUAAGUUCGUCUGCGACCCCGACGCCCUCUUUUCCAUGGCCUACCCUGACAACCAGCGUCCCUUCCUGAAGACGGAGCCCGACUGCCCAGUUGCCGAGGAGGAGACAGUGCCACUGACGCACUUCGAGGACAGCCCGGCGUACCUCCUGGAGAUGGAUCCCUGUGGCAGCCUUCCCUACGCGGAGGGCUUCGCGUACUGACUUGGCGGGCCAGCAGAGCCACAAGCACUAGCGCAUCCGCUUUGGGCAAAUACGGUUUUGUAAAGAAUAUUUUUUUGCUGUUCUUAAAAAGAGGAAAAAAAAAAA